GCAAGUUGAUUUCAGACCAGCCCAUUGCACAGAAACCCACAUGAGACACUGACCCUGGGCCCCGCGGCCGAAGAGGUCUGGUCAGAGCUAUGAGGGUGGUGCUUCAGCCAUGCUCACCAUGGAUGACGCUCUGGAGCAGGUCGGGGAGUUUGGCUGGUUCCAGAAGCAAGCCUUCCUGACCCUAUGCCUGCUCUCUGCCGCCUUCGCCCCCAUCUACGUGGGCAUCGUCUUCCUGGCCUUCACCCCGGACCACCGCUGCCGGAGCCCCGGGGUGCCCGAGCUGAGCCAUCGAUGCGGCUGGAGCCUGGCCGAGGAGCUCAACUACACGGUGCCGGGCCCCGGGCCCGAGGGCCAGGCCUUCCCCCGCCAGUGCCGCCGCUAUGAGGUGGACUGGAACCAGAGCGCCCUCGGCUGCGUGGACCCGCUGGCCGGCCUGGCCGCCAACAGCAGCCUCCUGCCUCUGGGCCCCUGUCGGUACGGCUGGGUGUACGACACGCCUGGCUCCUCCGUCGUGACCGAGUUUAACCUGGUGUGCGAUGACUCUUGGAAGGUGGACCUCUUUCAGUCCUGUGUGAAUGUGGGCUUCUUCCUGGGCUCUCUGGGCGCCGGCUACAUUGCAGACAGGUUUGGCCGUAAAGUAUGCCUCUUGGCCACCACCCUCAUCAGCGCCAUCUUGGGCGUCCUGACGGCCGUUGCUCCAGACUACACGUCCCUGCUCCUCUUCCGCCUGGGGCAGGGGCUGGUCAGCAAGGGCAGCUGGACGGCUGGCUACACCUUGAUCACAGAAUUCGUGGGCUUGGGCUACAGAAGAACGGUGGCGAUCCUCUACCAGGUGGCGUUCACGGUGGGGCUCGUGCUGCUCUCCGGGCUGGCCUACGCUGUCCCUCACUGGCGCUGGCUCCAGCUGGCCGUGUCUCUGCCCACCUUCCUCCUCCCGCUGUGCUACUGGUUUGUGCCCGAGUCUCCCCGAUGGCUGUUAUCGCAAAAGAGAAACACUCAAGCCGUAAAGAUAAUGGACCACAUAGCCCAGAAGAAUGGGAAAUUACCUCCUGCUGAUCUAAAGAUGCUGUCUCUCAAAGAGGAUGUCACUGAAAAGCUGAGCCCCUCGUUUGUAGACCUGUUCCGCACGCCGCACCUGAGGAAGCACACAUUCAUCCUGAUGUACCUGUGGCUCACCAGCUCCGUACUGUACCAGGGCCUCAUCAUGCACAUGGGCGUCACCGGCGGGAACCUCUAUCUGGAUUUCUUCUACUCUGCUCUGGUCGAAUUCCCGGCGGCCUUCAUCAUCCUCGUCACCAUCGAGCGCUUCGGCUGCCUCUGCCCGCUGGCUGGGUCCAAUCUGGUGGUGGGGGCGGCCUGCUUCCUCAUGAUCUUUAUCUCACACGAUCUGCACUGGUUGAAUAUCGUGGUAGCUUGUGUUGGCCGAAUGGGAAUCACCCUCGCGUUCCAGAUGGUGUGCCUGGUGAAUGCUGAGUUGUACCCUACGUUCCUCAGGAACCUUGGAGUGAUGGUGUGUUCCUCCCUGUGUGACUUGGGUGGGGUCAUCACCCCCUUCCUGGUCUUCAGGCUGAUGGAGGUUUGGCAAGGCUUACCACUCGUUUUGUUUGCGGCUUUGGGGCUAGUUGCUGGGGGAAUGACGCUGCUUCUUCCGGAGACCAAGGGGGUCGCUUUGCCAGAGACCAUCAAGGACGCGGAGAACCUGCGGAGUACGGUCCCUGUGGACCAGCUGCUCCUGACAUGGUUGUGAUUGUUCAAAGCUGGAGACACAACCCACUGCAUCUGACCACUGGAGUUCCAGGUUCCAAACCAAAGGCUGCCCUCUAACAAGAAAGGUGGAGUUCCAUCUCAUCCCAAAGGCUCAUGGAAGACAUACAAGUGGCCCUUGAAAUCUUGCUCUGUGCUGGCUUUGCUCUAAAGGACAGCUGUGCAAUGCUGGACCACCACUGUCUGUGGGAAAAGGCUGGGUAAUUCUAACAUUUGGUGCAGGAAUCCUGGUUAAUUCAGUCAAAGUAGCAUAGUUUCUGGCAAUGCAUGUGUGAGAGCCACUGCACAGAAGGAUGCAGAGGUGCUAAUUAAUUGUAAGUUAAAGAAAAAUGACAUACUUGGUAAAGACAAAAAAAAUCAACACCGAAGAAAUACAGUGAAUGAAUUAAUGACCCUAGGUAAAAAUGCUCUUACCUAGGAAUUGGAUCAUUACCCAAUAAUCAUUAUUGUCAGGCUGCACAAAUGCACCUCUCUCACCCAUAUCCCCAGACUUUUAUUUUGUCUUGGAUAAAUAAAGGCCAAGAUCAAGGCACACUAUGCCUCAAGAAGUGUCUUGACUGCUUCCAUCAAUUGAUCAAUCCAUCAAUCCAACCAUCCACCAUUAAUUCACUUAGCAGUCAUUAACAAACCAUCUAUUAUGUGCCAGACAGUUUAGGUACUGGGGAUCCAGUUAGAGAAGAAGAAAGACAAAAUCUCUUGCUCUUAUAGAACUUAAGUGCUAGUUGGGGGAGACAAACUAAACCAAUAAACAAAUGAUUUAAGUAAUUUUCAAAGGAAGUAAAGUCACACAGGACAACCGGAUGCAGCAAGACUUGAAUGUAACCUCCCCACCCCCCGGGCUAAUUUAGUUUAAGUAAUUCUGUAAAAAAUGUUUUCCUCUUUUCUCAGAUAGAGAAUAUGUAUACAUUUAUACCUUGGUUCCUGAAAAGUGUAUAUCCCUUCUCUCUUCUGAGGAAGGAUUAAAAAUACAUGUAAAUCGUUUUAUUUGAUGUUCUGCCCCCUGAUUGUAACACCCCUUCCUAAAUCUAUUUAGACAGAGAAUUGUGUCUUAGUUUACUGUUCUUGUCCAGUAAGAUUUGUUAACAUUAAAACUCUGGGAGGCUGUGAGUGAAUUUCUUUAUGAAGCUACAAAUUCUGCCUUCUUAACUUUCAAUUGCUGGAGUGGGAUGGCCCCCAGUUCCCAAAUUUCAGCUCUAGGCAGUGGGCACACUAUUUUAUUUGUCUGCUGCUAUUUGUCAACAGCUCCCACUGUUGUCGUAAUUUUGUAAUUUUGUUGUUGUAAUUUUGGGAGCAGGGCCUCCCAUCUGCUCUUGUAAUUUUCCAAUUCCCAUGCAGAAGGCUGAAAGCAACUCAAGUAAUAUGGAGAUACUGUUUAGGUGUCACAUUUAAUCAGAAAAAAUGGGUGGGUGGAAUCCUUUAACCAACAUCAGACUUUUAAAAAAAUAAAU